ACAGGCUUUUCCGGUCAUCUGAAGCCGUGCACUGCAGUGUGUUCGCCUGUGCGUCCCGAUGAUGACAGACAGGAGGGACCACUGAUCGCCGCCGAUCGCUGAGGAUGAAGAGGAUGACACCGUCCUGUGGUGGAUCAUCGCCAAGACUGGACUGUUGAAAGUCCCCCAUCCCGUCCCUGGUUCCUUCGGAGCUUUGAGAAACCGACAAAAAUAGAAUAAAAUAAAACUCCAGCGGGCGGGACACUUCAGCCUGAUGGGACAAAUCUUUGUGACACAGUGAGGAGAUUUGAUAAUGGGAUGGUGAUGGAAGGAGGCGAGUGAAACAAACAGCGCUCUAUGGCUCCCCACUGAGAGAACUAGGUGAAGACAUCCAGGCUAUCUAUAUAGUUUAUGAUCCUGACAUGAUGGGGGACUCACUCUGCGUUUCCCAUUGUGCCACUGAAGCGGUGCUCAGACGAAGGAGCUUUAUCACCGUUCUGCCUUUUGCUUUACUGUUACCAACAGUGAGAGUCAGUGCACAGUUGAUGGGAAGCUCCCUGGACUGCCACAAGACUUGUGUGUGCGCCAGCAACAUCAUUAGCUGCUCUAAGAUGAAUCUAACCAACGUUCCCAUCGCUCUUCCACAAUAUACAGCUGUUCUGGACCUCAGUUUCAACUCCAUCACCAGGCUACGUGCCGAGUGGACCCCUGUCACACUCAGCAGACUGCACAGUCUGCUGCUCAGCAACAACGGCCUCACUUUUCUGUCCUCUGAGGCAUUUGUGUAUGUAACAAAGCUUCAGUACCUGGACCUGUCCUCUAACGGUCUCCGACAGCUGGACGAGUUCAUCUUUGAGCCGCUGGAGCACCUGGAAGUGCUGCUGCUUUAUAACAACUGCAUCUCUCAGAUAGAUCGCUCUGCUUUCUCUGGCCUCAUGAUGCUGCAGAGGCUCUACUUGAGCCAGAACCAGAUCUCGCGCUUCCCCUUGGAGCUGGUGAAGGAGAGGAGCCGGCUGGAAACUCUUAGACUCCUAGAUGUUUCCUCCAACCGAAUCAAAACCCUGCCUCUGCAUGAGGUUCAGGCUCUGCCCGCCUGGAUCAAAAAUGGUCUGUACUUCCACAACAACCCUCUGCCCUGCAGCUGUGAGUUGUAUGAUGUGGUGGCGAGCUGGGGCCUCAAGGAGCUCAGCUCUGUCACUGACUUCAGGAGCAGCCACACUUGUGUGUUGCCAGGCCCACAGAAAGAGAAAAUGGCUGUACUGGAUCUGGACAAGGUCAAUUUGAACUGCAGCGAGGUCAAAAUUAAGGAUGAAGAAGCCUAUCUGGAGCAGUUCCUGGUGCUGGACUGUGACACCAGGCAGAAGAACAUGGUGAAGAGCUGGGCGCUGCCUGGAAACAUCCCAGUGUCUCGAGCAAACAAGACUGCUCUGGUGCGUGACGACGGCAGCCUCCAGAUUGGGCCCCUGAGGGCAGAAGAUUCAGGGGUCUACACCUGCUCUGCCACCAGUGAUUCAUUCAAUGAGACACUGUAUGUAACAGUAGUGGUGUUUAAUUCCACCAUGAGUGGUGGACUGGAGAACCUGAAAACGGCCUACACCACCCUCGUAGCAUGUCUGGUCAGUAUAGUUAUGGUUCUCAUCUACCUCUAUCUCACACCCUGCCGCUGCGCUUGUUGUCCAGGUAAUGGCCUGGAGAAAAAUGACCCCGUAGACAGCCUCCACUCUUCAGCUGUCAGCAUCUCGCAGGCACAUGAGGAGACAGGGCAAGAAAGAGUGGAAGGCGGAAGCUUCCCCUACAGACACGUGGGCUUCAUGGAAGUCAAGGACCAGCUGGAGCAGAACGGCAGGUUGAAUCCAAUAGGUGAGGAAGACGAGGAGUGGCAGGGAGACAACAGGGAGAGAAGGAGGUCAGACGCAGAGUCUGUCAGCUCUGUGUGCUCCGAUACCCCCAUGGUGGUGUGAAGGUCAGUGGCAGAUCCUGCAGGGUAAGACAGUGAUGGCUCAAUCCGUAGAGCUGCUCCACAGAGAAUUGUUUGCUUUGAAUGUGAGCGAGAUUCAAGCAAAGUUAAAGCUUUAGUUGGUUGUCACAGUUGGUGGCACUGUUUCAGUAGCAUGUACUAUUGGCAAAAAAUGAAUAAGCAAUGUAACGUCACCCAAAAGAAAAAAAAAAAACCCAAAGGCAUCCUGUCAAUGCCAAGAAAUGUGUGUUUAAAAUUGUUAAUGGGCUAAUAUAUUUCAGUUGGAUAGGCUGACCCUGCAAGGAAUCACUGUGCGAGUAAGAACAUAAGCGUUGGAAAUACUUUUUGAUGGAAGCCCCACAGAAAAAAAAUGUACUAACCAUCAGCACUAAUUACUCAGAGACAAGCAGCAUGAAAACAUUUUUGAUGUUAUUUCUUAGCUUAACUUUAGUUUCUGAAUAUCCUGAAGCUGCAUGUUAAGUAAAAGUUAUCCAGCUUUUUUAUCCACUGGGAAUCUUGGCACUACAAAGACAAGAAGUUUCAAAGAUGUUGGACAGUAGCUGCUGCUUGAAAGAGAAACUGAUUUUCAUGCGGAGCUUGCAGAGCUCUUUUAAUUAUGCGAUUUGCUCAAUGUUUAUGCUUUAUUUUACAUUCCUGUUUGGUUUUGUUGGCCUUUACAGGACAUGAUGCUGUAAGGAUUACUCUAAGGCAAUCUGAUCAAUUUCCAAUUUUGAGUGAUUUUAAUGCUCAAGUAAUCAUAUGUUUUUCGCAGUAACUUACCUUCUGCUGAAGUGUCUCUGACCUUGUAUGCAGGUCUAUUUUAAAUGUCAUUUUUGAUUUGACUUCAUUUCAGAAGCAUCAACAUAGUUUUUGCAAUGCUUUGUACUUUUACUGAAAUUCACUUUAUUGAUAUUUUGAAAAAUCAUAAUCUCUGCUAAAUGUAGCUGAAAUAGUUUCUGUAUAACAAGAAUAGAAAAAUAGAGGUUUCAGAUCAACUAAGUAAACAAUCUGAUGUGGCAGGUAUUCCUAUUGAUCAUAAUGACCACAUACACACUGUAGGUAUUACUGAAACUGAUAUCUAGUUGUUUACAUCAGUAUAAACGUAACUAUAAACUGUUAAGAGACAAAUUUACAUGAAAUAUAGAUUUAAAUUGAGCCAGUUAUUUUCAUUCAUGGGUAACUGAGGGGUCAUAAUAGCAUCAUAAUAAGCUGACGCUCAUUUAAAUCUUAAAUAAACAUUCCUGAGAGUGAGAGAAGUAGCAGUACCAUAAAUGUACAUCCUGCCAUAUUGGACAUCUAAUAGCAGUCAGGAGGCGUCGCCCAGGGGAAACAACUGAAAGCGAGUAACAUCCACUGAAUGCUUCUGGGCAUUAGUGCCCAACCCAGAACAAAUCAGCAAAUGCCAGCCAGCCAGAAGUCUCAUAAACACAGUCAGAAAUAGCAGCUUGUAGCGUAGCCAACACACAGGCUGUCUGACACAGCUGAAAUGUAAAUAUAGAAGAAGCAGUUUUUUAAACACUUCUUAAUUUUAGUUCCAUCGCUAAAAUACCUUGGAGUUGUUGAUUUUAGAGGCUCACAUUAUUAUCUUCUAUUCUGUAUGCACACACAUAAAUCAGGGAAAAAACUGGAAAUACAGUCCUAUACAAAUUACGUUUUCGCAAAACUGAGCUGAUAGCACUGAUUGUCACAGAAUAAUAAAAACUAAAUUUUCUUUAACUUACAAAUAUCUGACAUACUCAUUAAAUUCAGGCUGCUCAUUACCGAUCACACACACACGUGCAUGGUAUCAUAACAGUGAAGCAACUUAAAUAGCCAAAUACAUCAGUCCCAGAGAACAGAUGUAGCAAUGAACAGUGUUUUUAUUUUUGAAAGAACAAUAAUUUUCAUUCUCUCACUCCUCAUGGUGCUUUUUCAAAAUAUUUUAGGUAAAUCUAAACCUUAAAUAAAUAUAUGGAACUCAUUACAUUGUGAGCAUUGUGGAAUAGUAUUAUAAUGUAGCUGUACAUGCUGAGGAACUUCACCAAAUUAUAUCUAUGAAAGGGGCACAUAUCUAUUGUAUGUUGAUGUUGUACGUAUUUCUCUUAUAACCAAAGACUGACAAACAUACACUGAGAGUGAAUAACCUUUAUGUUCAGUGUUUACAGUAAGUACAGUUCUACAGUCAUUUGUAUGUUGAGGUUACCUACUCUGUUUCUGUGUUCAGCCAUAAACUUAUAUGCAAUCCUGUGUAAGGACCUAUUUUAUUAUUUGUUGUAUUAUAUCUUGUCUGUUAAUAUAUUGCUCCUGUAUUUCAUGAACUACAAAAAUAUGGCAACAAAGACUGAAUGGUAUCCACUAUUUCAUGUGAGUUGAAUGCACUGAAUCUGUCAAACAGAG